AUCUUUUUGAAGUUUAUGUUAAAUUGUUACAAGAUUAUUCUAAAAUGGCGCCAUUUGUAGUCGCUCUCUCUCUUAGAUAGAUGGCGAUUGCAAAGGUUAUUCUAUUUUUUUAGGUUUUACGACAAUCUAUCUUUCCGAUGAACUCGGUACGAACAAAUCAAACGCAAGCGCAUGGAGAGAAUAGAUAAACGGUUGUUUUUCUUUUCAAACGUUGAAGAUUGUAAAACGAUUAUAGUCCACUGAGAUUACUAGGCUUUCCUGUGUCAACUAGAAGCUAAAAGGAAAAUUGCAGACUUAUGAUAGAGUCAGUUUUAUAAGAUAAGUGGAAAGAAUCAAGCGUAUACAGACGUAUCCUAGACAUCCUACACAAUAAUAAUUGAAAAAUGUCUAGUAUAUUUAAUUUAUUUGGCGAAAUCGCCGAAUCUGACAGAGGUCAUAUAAUGAAAUCUAUUGUGCAAUCUGAAACAUCUCAUAAUAUUAAACUGAAUUCUCUUAAGACUAUGGGAGGCACAAAGCCAAAAAAACUAAAGAUGAGAUCAAAUUCUGAUAUGAAUCUGUCUCAUAGCACACAUUCAAUCAAUAUCAAGAAAAAUACAAAUGGUAACAAAGAACUAGAUUGCCUAAAACUGAAAGUAACUCAAACAGAUAAUAAUGGAUGCCCAAUAUCUCCAGGAAAAGAAAAAAAAAAAUUAAUUGCACAGUCACCCAAAUUCAAAGAAUCUGCUUUAAAAGAAACAACUGUGAUUGAUAAAAGUCCAAAAGCACAAUUAAAUGAAGAUAUUUUUAAGAAACCAUUGUCUUAUAAAAAAAAUAUCAAGCAAUUUCCUAAACCAGAAAAAUUAGCAUAUUGGUAUGACGAUCAAUAUAAAUUUGAUUAUGGAUAUAUUGAGGCCAUAGAAAAAGAAUUUAAAGAUCUACUUUCUAAGGAAAAAGAAAAUAUAAAGCCUUCUGAAGAAAAAGAAUUGAUCUCAGAGACCCCUAUGUUAUUAGAAGUUCCAAAAUUGGUUUUUGAUGACUCUUUUGAUGAAGAACACAAGAAAUUUUCAUCUUGUGAUUUACCUGAAAUAUCUGAUAUAUCCGAUGAUGAUACACUGCAGUAAUAACCAUAAUAUAAGAAUUAUUUUUAUGUUCUCAGAUUCUUGUAAGAUUAGACAUAAGUUUUAAUAUUGAAUUUUUAUUA